UAUCCUUUGGGGUUUGGCCCACAGAGCCAGGGCAGAUGACCCCCAAUUAGCCCUGGCCGCUUCCCCGUGCCCUGCUUGACCAUGUGGGCGUAGCCCCCUCAUCUCUGGGGUGGUAUAAAGAGUGCUGGAGUCGGGAAGAGGCAGACCAGUUCCAGCAGCAUCCUGACAGUGCCAGCGGACACCAUGAGGACCCUCACACUGCUUGCCCUGCUGGCCCUGGCUGCACUCUGCCUCGCUGGUCGGGCAGAUGCGAAGCCCAGUGGUGCAGAGUCUGGCAAAGAUACAGCCUUCAUGUCCAAGCAGGAGGGCAACAAGGUGGUGAAAAGACCCAGGCGCUUCGUGGACAAUGGGCUGGGAGCCCCAGCUCCCUACCCGGAUCCCCUGGAGCCCAAGAGGGAGGUGUGUGAGCUCAACCCGAACUGUGACGAGCUGGCUGAUCACAUCGGCUUCCAGGACGCCUACCAGCGCUUCUACGGGACCCCGGCCUAGGUGUCUGUGCUGGCCGUGGCAGCCCUGCUCUGGCUCUGCACCAGGACUGCUCCCUUGCCUCCCCCUCCGUCCCU